AUGCAGCACAAUACAACUAUCAAUGAUUCCAAUGUUUCUGUUGAAGUAACUGUGACACCGAAAUAUUUGGUUCCUGUACCCAUGUACUAUACCAUAGCAACUGGACUUUUGUGUGUUGUUCUAAUUGGACCAUUUAUGAACAUCACCAGUAUAGUAGUUUUCGCUAAGAACAAACAUCUGCAAUCUCCAACAAAUAUUUUUGUCAUUUCUCUUCUCGUGGGAGACGCGGGGAUGAGUUGUGGCGCGUUUAUAUCAAUGACAUCAAACUUUAAUCGUCACUACUUCUGGGGGGACAACGUUUGUACUUUUGAGGGAUUCUGGCUCUAUUUGAUGGGACUAACAAAUCUGUACACACACGCCGGUAUCGCCUACGAUAGGUACAUCAUGAUUGCCAAGCCUCUUCAGGCUAACAAGAUCACAGCUAGAGUGGCCGUGGUCGUAGUGCUCGUGAUUUGGUUUCAAGGCUUCUGUUGGGCGUCUUUUCCCCAUUUUGGAUGGGGGAAGUACACGUAUGAGCCUGCGCGAACAUCGUGUGCCGUAGAAUGGGACUCUAGAGAGUUUGGUUCGGCUAGUUACAACAUUGCUAUAACGAUAUGGAGUUUAAUUAUACCAUUGGCUGUUAUCUUUUUCUCUUACUACAGAGUAAUGAUGACGAUAAGACACAUCGCCAGGAAUAGCAUAUGGGACAUGAACAGCAGGGUUGCUCGAAAAAAUCUCAUGACCGAGAAGAAAAUGUUCCGCACAAUAGUAUUAAUGUUAGCAUCGUAUAUUUGGUUGCCCUGGACUCCUUACACUGUAGUCAGUGUGUGGGCUAUUAUUGGCUAUUCCGAGGACAUACCCAUUACAUUAUGA